UUUCCGAGAUAGCUGAAUUUUCAAUCCACUUUCCGCCUCCAUUGUGCGCUGCGCAGUGCCGUAUCGCAAGCAUCUCAUCUCUAUCCCGACCCUCGGAUCUCAAUUCAGCCAACUACGGUCAUCAUGGAUGCUUUUUCUCGCUCAGCAUCGCGCCCUCGGCCCUCUUCUCGACCCACGACUCCCUUGCGACCCAGUUCACGCUCCUCGUUCCGCGAAGCCCAUGGAUAUGGAAGUAGUAUUGGCAAUGCUGGCUAUACACAACCCGCCAUCAAUGCGUUGGAACCCCAGUUCGCGGAACUCGCAGACUCGAUGGCGGAUCUAGAAGCCAACUUCAUGCAUCUCCAAUUAAUGCAUGAGAGCUUGACACGGUUCAGCGAAAGCUUCGCCAGUUUCUUGUACGGCAUGAACAUGAAUGCCUUCUGUGUGGAUUUUCCAGAGGCACCGAUCGCAGAAUCAUUCCGGAGGGCAAAGCAAGCGGAGACGCAAAGCGCAGCUGAAGCGGAGGCAGCGCAAGCGACCAAUGACGCAGAAAUGACUUUCAUGACUACGGAUACCUCGUUUGUCGAAAACCCACCGAGCAUGAUCUCUUCCAAGCCCACGCCAAGGAUCCCGGCUUCUUCGCGCGGAUCUGCAAGAGGAACCACAAGAGGAACAACUAGAGGGGCCACUAGAGGAACGCGCGGCUCGACAACUGGGCGAUAUGCUACAAGAGGCUCUAGCCGAGGAUCCCGGCCCAGUGCGCUGCCCCGGGGAAGAGGCAUUCGGUGAUCAAGAGCAGCAGUGAAUGAGGACAUGAGAAGCGACAUGAAUUAUGGCAAAAAAUUAAGCGCAUACAGGGGUGCACGCUCUUGGCUGCUAUCCACGCGACUGGCAGGCCCGGCGAGGACAAAGACCCGCACACAUAGGACGGGCUACUUCAUGAAGAUGUUGCGACGGUGCCUGCGAAGCAAACUGCGCUGACCUAGCUUGGUAUACGAUACUGCUUGACAAGCGCAGGAAAAUCGUAUACACAGGUUGUUAAAUUGUGUGUUGGUAAACUUGUCUCGAGAUAGCUCUUCAAUGCUCAAUUCGCAUU